AUGCCUUCCCCAGGUUACCGCACUAUGAUGACUCGGACCAGAACCGCGUCAUACUCGAAUCUCGAGCGCCUUCCUUUAUUGGCACUUGAACUGAUCUGCGAGCACGUUUCAAGCUGCAACUCUGGACAGCGCAGCCUCUUCGCAUUCUCGCUCACCAGUAAGCGGUGCUCUGCCGCGGCAGCUAGAGAGCGUUUCAAGCAAGUCCAUAUCGCGCCACAGGAUCAACAACAGCUUGAACAGGUCCUGGCACGGUGCAACGAACUUUUCCAAGUCGACGAGCGAACCCAAUAUGUGCGACGCGCAAGGAUCUCUGGACAAGUCACAUUCGAGGCUGGGGGAGUAAAUCAGUACUUCCGGGACAUGCAAUUGCAUGCCUGGGCUAAUCCGGAUGACAACGACCAUGAUGAAGAGAAUAGCUUCUGGAAAUCAACAUCGCUCCAGUAUUUUGAAGGCUCUGAGCCUGCCUGCACUCAAGCAAACAAAGCAAGGGGAAACGAAGCAUGGAAGCCCGUUGCACAGUUCCUGGCGAGUCUCACAGGGCUCAAGGACCUCUACUGGGCAUCCACCGACCAAGUUCCCCGCUGCAUAUUAGAUAUGCUGCGCACCAACUUGCCUGGAUGUCGCCUCCACGUUCACACGUUCAGUCUCCGCAGCCUAUACCAGAAGCGAGGUCAGCUUCAUGAUGUGGACGUUGAUGAGGGCUGCUUCAAACUUAAGAUCGGUGUGUAUGUGGCACAAGCUCGCAGGGAACUCCCUGCAAUUACUCGAAGCAAUGCGUUUACCCCGCCCAGCGUGGCAGGGGUUCUUCGCGGAAAAAAGCCUUCAGACCUCGCAGGCUCGUUUGUGGAAUAUUUCACUGGAGGCGUGGGCUCGAUACUCCCCCAAUGGCUACAGAACUGGGCUAUUCACGCGAACUUCAAGGAGUUGCGCUCGCUUGACCUGGGUAUAAGAAUCGAAAGGCAAAGCCUCCAAACUCUAACCCGAAUGGCAGAAGACGGUAAUUUUAAAAGGCUCCAAAAACUUUCUUUUCUUGGAUUCACAGAUAUUGCCGGCAAUGAUGCAGACAUAGCAUUCAGCCAUCUUCUAUCUGUUUUGCCUCCUCUUACAAGCCUCACCGAUGAAACCCCUAGCGGAGAAGAGGAAGAGCGGAGCGCGGGCAGUAAAGCGACCUUCAUACCCAUACUAGAGCGCCAUGGGCCCUCCUUACAAAAUUUCAAAUCGCAGAACUGGUUCACUUAUGAGGACGUCCAGAAAUUCCGCCAGCGAUGCUCCAAUCUGCGCGAGCUACAUGUGAAGCUCCAGCACACCGAGCACGAUAAAGAAGACAAAAGGAUAUACCAGGUUUUAGGCUCUCACCCGCGUAUGGAGAAACUCACAGUAACGCUUUAUAACCCGUACCCGCCAGACGAAGAAGGAAACGACCUUCCACCCGGGUCUUACAACGUAAACAAAAAAAUUUCGCCCCAGCAUCUGCGCUCCGCUUUCAUUACCAGAGCCAUGGACGUACAACGCGCUCAAUCCUUGUUCCAACUCAUACUCGCAGCCAAUCGUGCCGCCCGACCAGGCGUCAUACCAUCAUUUCGAUACCUCAAAUUGCGCUCUGUUGGUGACGGACAACCUUGGAACGACUUCGAACGGCUAUUGGAUUGGGUUGGACGCAGCUGGGUUUGUGAGCGAAGGUUUGCUGAUAUAGACAAUGGUGAUGUGAUUGUGAGGGAGAUUAGGAUGCGCGAGAGGCUGCAACUGAAGGAAAGCAUGGGAGAGGCUAGGGAUGAAAGACAAUUGUGGGAAGAGAUCUGGCCGGAGGCGAAGGGGAGGAGUGAUUGGGUGGACGUGUGGCAUAGUUUUCCCUUCAGUCUGGAUUUGUAG